CCUCGCCGCGCUAUUGUGAUGGCUUGAAGACCCCUAAGGUCAGCGUAUCUUAUUGAACUGGCCAAUUAAUUUCAUUUAUCAAGAUUUAAUUGUACAAUUGAUCUGAUCACGACUUAAUACGAGUGACUGAAUAGUGCUCAAUGUGGGUGGUUAUAAAUUCAGUCAUAGCUUGCCAGCCUCUUGCAAAGCAGAACUACCCGCGGAGAAGGUUGUUUUCAAACAAAAUCACUCUAUCAAAAACAAUAAAAUGUCGAGUAAAUUGACAAAAUCAACAAACGAGAAGCCACCUCAUUCAUACAUCGCGCUCAUUGCAACGGCAAUCUUGAAAUCUCCAGAGAAGCGACUCACGCUGUCCGAGAUAAACGACUACCUAAUCAAACACUACACGUUCUUUCAAGGAGCGUACAAAGGAUGGAGGAACUCCGUGCGACACAAUCUCUCUUAUAACAAAUGCUUCACGAAGAUUCUUAAAGAUCCCAGUCGACCAUGGGGUAAAGAUAACUACUGGACAAUCAGUUCAUUGAACGAUUACCUCCAAGAAGAUGGGAGUUUCAGACGUCGUCGACGACGAAGACCUAAGGUGAAAAGUCAAGGAGCAAAACAAGAAGAAUAUGUUUCGGAAGAUGAUUCGAGCGAUAGCGAUAGUAAACAAGAGAAACACGGACGUCUAAACGAGUCUGAAAACGGAGAAGAUUGCAAAACGACGUUUAGGAGCUCUUUCUCUAUAUCCAGUAUUCUCGAGAAGAAAAAUCCAUCUAAAGAAUCGCGCCAUUCCUAUGCCGGAGCUGUCUGUCAUACAACUGACCUCGUGCCACCUGCUAUGUACCCACAUUACCCCCAGCAUCAACAAACACCCAACAUACUUCAUGUAAAUGGAACGACACGCGAGGCAAUGUGGUACCAUGAUCAGAGACAAAGAUACUCCUGGUUACUUACCGUAGCUCCUUAUCCAAGACACUUUCGUUGAUGUUUGAUGACCUUAAAAAAAUCAGUCCCUAAUUUUUUUUGAUAGAACAUUAACCUAUUUCAAGUUUGCAUAGAUCAUCGUCUUACUCAUGGGGAAAAGUACUCAACAAAUUAUUAACAGAUGUUGAUGUAAAUAUUGCUCAAACCGGAGCGAUAGGCUUCACAUGAAACAAUGAACAAGUAGCAGAUUACUGUAUUAUAAACAAUUCCUUAUCCCUGCGAGAAUUUUCAUUCUAUGUUACAAAAAUAAUAAACAUCAAAUAUCACUUCGAGUGUCAUUGGAAUUUUGUUGUUUUUGACCCCAAUGGCUUAUGAAAACAAACUCUUUAUUCAAAUGAAUAUUUGACAAUCAAUCUCCCGUAAGUGCUGAAAUAAGAUAAGCCUAACAUGUCGAUUGAUUUUUCAUCAUAAUGGUCAUUUUAUAAAUAGUAGAAAUUUUUAAUGGUUUUAUUGUAUUAAUCAGUAUAAAUGAUCACAUGAA